AGUAGGCUCUUAAUAAAUGCAUGUUGAGCUGAGACUUGAUGGCUGAGUUUUGAGAUUAGCCUCUUUUGGCUGGGUUCCAGAGGACUAGAAGGAUUUGGAGCAUUAGUGGGUCGAUGGGUGUGUGGAUGGAGCCCCAGAGACAGACUUUAGUCCGGUUGCUUCCAGAUAGCCAGGAGAGUCAGGGGACUCCCUGGCAUGGAAGCUGUCCAGAGUAGUUUGGCCUGAUGCCUGAGGCCCCUUCCAGCUUUGGGCUCUUGGGAAUCUCCCUGAAGGUCCACUGAGUCCAACCAUGUCACUUUAUAAUGAUGAAGUCAGAGAAAGAAAUAGGAUGGCUAGUAUUACUUCAACAUGUAGCAUGCUGGUGCUCUGCCCUGUGUUGCCAACUGCCUCAUAGAGAGGAACACAUAUUACUUCUGCUUGACAAAACAGGUUUGGAGGACUGGACCAAGCCUAGGGCUACCUCUAAGAGGACUGGGUACACAGAGUGUACCCUUCUCUCCCUGGGCCUCCAGCCCUGCCUCCUGGCUUACACUUCCUUGGCCUGUCAUUGGCUGUGCCAGGAGGUGGGUCUUUUCUGUCUCUCAUUGGUCCCCAAAAGGAUUUUCAGCUCCUCCUCUGACUUGGAGCCACUGGCGACUUCCCUAUGAACUGACCUUAGGGGGAGAGCUAACAAAGAAUUCAUCACUGACCCAUGGCCAGAUCUUGUGACAGUAUAUAAAAGACAAAGAAUGCACCCUCUUCUAGAGUGUCCUGGCUCUGUACACUCCUGGGAGAAAGCUUCACUCAGUACUAUGGGCAUUGGCUUGGGCUCAGCCUGGCUCCUGGGAGACCUCACCAGCAUCCUCCAGAUCUCAGUCCUGCUGGGCCUGGUCCUACUGCUGCUGAAGGGUGGCCAGUUGUACUGGCACAGGCAGAGGUUGCUUCGAAUCUUCCAGAGCUUCCCAGGCCCUCCUUCCCAUUGGUUCUAUGGGCAAAACCUGGAGCUUCAGAAGAAAGAAGAAUUAAAGCUGAUUGUGUCCUGGGCAGGGAAAUUCCCUUGUGCCUUCCCCCGAUGGUUCACUGGGUUUUUGGCCAGUCUCCUAAUCUAUGACCCUGACUACAUGAAAGUUGUUCUGGGCAGAUCAGAUCCAAAAGCUAAUUCCACCUACAAAUUCUUGGUCCCCUGGAUCGACUGUAGACCCAUUCUGCUAACCAGCCUCCUUACCUGCUGCCUGUUCUCCCUCCAAUCCUGCCUCUCCUUGCUCAGAAGCCUUCAUCGGUUUUUCACUGAUGAUGGAGAGGCUCUGAUCUUGAAUGGGCCAACCUGGUUCCAGCAUCGGCGGGCUGCCACGCCUGCCUUCCAUUAGACAUCCUGGAAGUCCCAUGUGGUACUAAUGGCUGAGUCUGUCCGAGGGAUGCUGAAUAAAUGGGAAAAGCUCGUCAGCCAAGGCUCAAACCUGGAAGUCUUUGAUGAUAUCAGCCUGAUGACCCUGGACACCAUCAUGAAAUGUGCCUUUAGCCAAGAGAGCAACUGCCAGAUGGAGAGUCAGCCCUCCAAUUUGCCCGCCCGGUUUGCCCUCUAUCACAAUGAUUUCAUCUACUGGUUGACUCCCCAGGGCUACCGGGCUCGCCAGUCUGCUCGCCGGGCCCAUGAACACACAGAUAAGGUGAUUAGGAAGAGGAAGGAGUAUCUCCAACAGGAAGGGACCUUGGAGGCAGUCUUGAAGAAACGACACUUGGAUUUCCUGGACAUCCUCCUCUGUGCCAGGGUGAGAAAUGGAGACAGCUUGUCGGAUGAGGAGCUGAGGGCUGAGGUGGACACUUUCAUGUUUGAGGGUCACGUACAUUUCCAGUGGCAUUCCUGGCUUUUCUAUUCUUCUUUCCAGAAUCUGGCCCAGGAGAAAUGCCGGGAAGAGAUCAGGGGCAUCCUGGGAGAUGGGAAGUCCAUUACUUGGGAGCACUUGAGCCAGAUGCCAUAUACCACCAUGUGCAUCAAGGAAUCCUUCCGCCUCUAUCCUCCAGUACCAAACAUCUCCAGGGAGCUCAGCAAGCCCAUUACCUUCCCUGAUGGCCGCUCCCUACCUGCAGGAAUACCUGUCUCCCUUAACAUAUAUGCCCUUCACCACAAUCCCGCUGUGUGGCCGAAACCAGAGGUGUUCGAUCCUCUGCGGUUUUCGCCAGAGAACUCAGCCUUCCGGCACAGCCAUGCCUUCCUUCCCUUUUCUGCUGGUGGCAGGAACUGCAUCGGGCAGCAGUUUGCCAUGGCUGAGGUCAAGGUGGCUGUGGCUCUGACCUUGCUCCAUUUCCACCUGGCACCUGAUGACACUCAGCCCCCAGAGCUCACCUUCAAGCUGAUCCUCAGGUCUACAAAUGGGAUCCACCUGAAGCUGAAGAAGCUCUGAGGAGGCUGCCCUAAAGGAGGAAGAUGGCUGUCUUCCUCCCUCCCCUCAUCUUGACCCAGCCAGCCAGCCCUGCCCAGGCUCACCUGGGGGGAAGAGAGCUUCAUCUACCUGUCCUACCCCAACCCUUAACCCAGUCAGCCAACCAGCCCUGCCCAGACUCAGCUUUGAGGAGGGAGGAGCUUCAUCUACUUGUCCUCACCACCCUUGACCCGCCCAGUCAGACUCUGCUGUGGGGAAGGAUGCUUCAUCUAUCUGUCAUCUGUCCCUUUUCUUCUGUUUACCCACAAAUAUUUUUAUCUGUAAUAAAAAUUCGUCACCCAGA